AUGGCUAGAUUGAUUUGGGAGAUUGAUAUAUCUAUACUCAUGACCUAUGUAGAGAAAAUAGAGAGUGAGAAGCUGAAGGAGAAGAAUAGGGAGUCCAAGAGGCCAAGGAAUGACGGUGGUGAUUUCUCAUAUGGUGCACUUGAUUUAGAGUCGACUAUUGAUAGCCAAAGUUAUCAGAAGAGUUAUGCUGACAAGAUGGUCUGUCCCUUAGAGUUCAAGGUGGGAGACCGUGUAGGACUGAAGAUAUCAUCCAUGAAAAGUGUGAUGAGAUUCAAGAAAAAGGGAAAGCUUAGCUUGAGGUUUGUCGGCCCAUUUGAGAUUCUGAGGAGAGUGGGUGGGUUGGCUUAUGAGUCGGCCCUUCCCCCUAGAUUGUCAGCUGUCCAACCUUUGUUUCAUGUCUCCAUGCUUCGCAGAUAUAUACCGGAUAAGUCUUAUGUGAUUUUUUAUGAUGCAGUAAAGUUAGGCUCGGAUUUGACUUAUGAAGAGGAGCCGGUAGUCAUUGUAGAUAGGCAGUUUGGUAAGCUUAGGAAUAAGGAGAUCGCUUCAGUUAAGGUUCAGUGGCGACAUCGACUUGUUGAGAAGAUGACCUGA